AUGAUCUACCUCGACCACAACGGUCAAUGGCAACUACAAGCCUCGCCCUCAAUUGCAGGCUGCGAAGGCGCCAUCUUCACCCAAGAUGUUACAGACCGAUUCAUAGAAAUGACUGGCCAGACGCCCCAAACCAGUCCGCAGUUCCCAAACCCGACCCAAGCACCCCACUCCCCUUGGGACGAGCAACCCGCUUCGGGAUGGGCCCCGCCUCAGGCGAGACAGGCUGAGAUGAUCCCGUUCCAAUGGUCAUCACAGCAAAGCCGAAAAAAGUCGAGGCGUGCCGGCGGUACGCCCAAGUCUCGACCGAAAUCUACCUCGCCGCCGCCUGCCGCUCCGGCUCCCGGGCGGACGGUCCUUCGUGUCGGGAACCGGGCGCUGCUGCGACGGUACUAUGAGAAGGCAUUUGAGGAUUUCCAGCAGCUCAACUGCCGGGCUAUUGCGAAAUCCUAUAUUAAGCUUGUCGAGCCGAGGAAGCAGGUCCAUUACCCGUAUAACGGGCGCAGGGUGAUUGCCGGUGUCUCGCAGCGUGUUGACCCGGAGUUCACGAAGCCUGCGUGGUGGCCUGCUGGUGUCUUGCACAAGGAGCCUGAUCAUCUGCUCAAACCUGACCGUCUGCGACUUCUGGUUCAUAUCCUCUGUGAACUAAAGGAUAGCCACGGAGUCACAACGGAUAAGCUGCGAGAAGCUGGCCAAGACGUCAGACGGCAGAUUACACCUGCCCACCGGCUGCAGGUUCUCGACGAGAUCUACUUUGUGCGACAAAUGGAAGAACAGUAUCUGGAUGGUGAAAUCGAUGGCAGUACCUUGAUUCAGAUAACACAGACACAUCUACCCGAAGCAAUCUUCCCAGACGAUGACCUAUUAUCCCGGGCACACGCAGCACCCGUAACAGCCCCUUCCAUCGAGGCCGAAUAUAACAUGCACGAUGCCCGCGACAACCCCGUUAUCUCCACGCUGGAAGAUGACGACCCAAAGCUACACCACUCGCAUAGUCUGCCCCUCUCACCCACCACUAGCGAGUCCAGUGGUCCACACAGCCCAACGGGCAGUUUCGGCUACCCAAUAGCCAUAGCACCCUCCGUGCAUGUAAUACCCCCUCUCGAGUCCCCCAAUGUCACAAAGUCUAUACAUCCAGACCCGGGUUAUCUGUCCGGGUACUACUCGCAGCCGUUUGUGUCUGAUAAAGGGCCUGGGUUCUGGCCACAUGCCAAUACUGCCUCGCAUCGACCGUAUCCCAACACCCGGGACGGACCGACCAUACUCUGCUUCCAGCAACAGUUUUUGAUGGAAAGCACCGGCUCGAGAAGAAAAUCCGAUACCAUGUCGGCCGAGCCUCCGGUCUCCACGCCAGUCGUGGAGGAUGUGUCUUCAGAUGACUCCGACAACGAUGAAUCCGACACUCCUGCCAUAACCCCAGGAACCCUGUCGCGCAACGGCUCCUUCUCAAAUAGCAGCUCGUACCUGGAAGACUGGGAGUCAUUUCCACCGCUGGACAAGCUGACUAUUUUCGACCUUCUCGACAACAUCCACCUCUCACAGCGUCUGGAGACUUGGCAGCAGACCCUCGCCGCGCAAAAGGAGAAGGUGCGCAAGCAGCGGGAGAAGCUGAGGUUGUCGUCCUUGAAUGCCAAGGACCGUGUUAUGGGUGAAUGGAAGCGCCAUGCACCGACCGCCGAGGAGAAGCUGGAGAAAUAUCGUGCUCGGAUGAAGCAUGGCGUUGAGCGUCUCGGCAAGCGCUGGAGCCAGACGGCGACUGUCACUCUCCGCGAGAAGAUGUCUUUUAUUGCUGGUGUGCUCAAUAUCUUCAUCAGCGGCUACCUGAUCGGUGCUUGCCCGGAGUACUUUUACUACUGGUUCAGCGGCCAGCUGGCUUUUUUCAUGCCCAUCCGCUACUUUACAUACCAUGCCAAGGGCUAUCACUAUUUCUUGGCCGAUCUCUGCUAUUUUGUCAAUUUGCUCUGCAUGCUGAGUAUUUGGGUCUUCCCGAACUCGAAACGGCUUUUCAUUAGCACCUUCUGCUUGACUUUCGGAAACAAUGCGGUUGCAAUCGCCAUGUGGCGGAACUCGAUGGUGUUCCACAGUAUGGACAAGGUCGUCAGUCUCUUCAUUCAUAUUAUGCCACCCGUGACUCUGCACUGCAUCGUACACCUGACUCCGGUGGCGAUACUCAAGGAACGCUUCCCUGCUGUCUACGACAUCAAGUUCAGUAAGCCCGGGGACCCAGAGCAUUAUGGUCUUGGUGCCAUGAUCCUCUGGUCCACGGCCCCCUAUGUGGUGUGGCAGCUCAUGUACCACUUCCUGAUUACCGUGCGCCGCCGCGACCAAAUCGCAGCGGGUCGUCCGACUAGCUUCACCUGGCUGCGCAAGUCCUACUCUAAAGCGUGGAUUGGGCGGUUUGUGCUGAGUCUACCUGAAACGCUGCAAGAGCCAUGCUUUAUGGUGAUCCAGUACGCAUACGCUUUAUCCACUAUGCUCCCCUGUCCGAUCUGGUUUUGGUACAAAUGGGCCAGCGGUCUGUUCAUGUCUGCGCUGUUCGUCUGGAGCAUCCACAAUGGAGCGACUUACUACAUCGACGUCUUUGGAAGACGCUUCCAAAAGGAGCUGGAGCAGCUUAGGACAGAUAUGGCUCGUUGGCAAAACUCUCCCGAGGGAUCGACCAGUCCUAUCCUUAUCCCUGAGCCCAGCCCUCUCAGUGAAGCCAUCAAUGCACACAGCGAGGAGAAGCGAUCCAGCGUUGAUCGAAUCCCUUUGUUGGAUACUGCCGAUGUCUCCUCUACUGAUAUACUAGAGAAAGACAACAAGGAUUCUGUUGUUCGAGAGCGAGUUUGA